AAGGCUUUCCGCUGACAGAGAAAGAAAGUGACAACCAGAACUGGAGGUCAUUGUAAUUCUUUCCAAGCUCCGAGACUUCAAAUACGAAACGAACUCUCUCUCUCUUCUUCCUGAAUUCUGCAUUAUAAACACACACACAAAAAAAGAGGUUUUGGGUUCCGCAAUGGAUGCGCCGUUGCUCCAAUCCCGCGGCGGGAAGGAGCGAAACUACGGUAAGGAGAAUUUCGGUUCUUCCGCUCUCGGAGACUUCAGAAACGAGUCGCGGACGCUAUGGAAGAUUGCCGGCCCUGCCAUCUUCACCGCCAUUUCCCAGUACUCGCUCGGCGCGCUGACGCAGACGUUCGCCGGCUUCGUUGGCGAGCUGGAGCUCGCCGCCGUCUCGGUCGAGAACUCCGUCGUCGCCGGCCUCGCCUUUGGCGUCAUGUUGGGGAUGGGGAGUGCAUUGGAGACGCUAUGUGGGCAAGCAUACGGAGCAGGGCAGAUCAGAAUGUUGGGGAUCUACAUGCAGAGAUCGUGGGUUAUUCUUUUAGCCACCGCUUGUUUGUUGGUUCCUGUUUACGUCUGGUCUCCUCCAAUCCUUGCUUUCUUCGGAGAAACCUCAGAGAUAUCCACUGCUGCAGGUGAAUUCGCGAUAUGGAUGCUGCCGCAGCUAUUCGCUUACGCAUUGAACUUCCCGAUCCAAAAGUUCCUGCAAGCGCAGAGCAAAGUGAUGGUGAUGGCCUGGAUCUCGGCGGUGGUUCUGGUUCUCCACGCCUUCUUCAGCUGGCUGCUGAUUCUGAAGCUCGGCUGGGGACUGGUUGGAGCCGCUCUGGUGUUGAAUGCCUCAUGGUGGAUCAUAGUCAUAGCUCAACUGGGUUACAUAUUCGUCACCGGGUCCGACGAAGCCUGGAAUGGCUUCUCCUGGCUCGCGUUUUCGGACCUCUGGGGUUUCGUCAAGCUCUCUCUGGCCUCUGCAGUAAUGCUAUGUUUGGAGUUUUGGUACUUGAUGGUCUUGGUGGUUAUCACUGGCCGAUUGCCAGACCCUCUGAUCCCUGUGGAUGCCAUCUCAAUCUGUAUGAACCUGAAUGGAUGGGACGCCAUGAUUGCAAUUGGAUUCAAUGCUGCCAUUAGCGUAAGGGUCUCGAACGAGCUCGGAGCAGGUAAAGCUCGAGCAGCGAAAGUCUCGGUCGUAGUGGUAUCAGCUACGUCGAUGGCCAUAGGGGUGGUCUGUAUGAUCGUGGUCUUCGCGACGAGAGGCUCGUUCCCUGAGCUGUUCACCAGCAGCGCUGCGGUUGCUCAAGAAACAAGACGGCUUGCCGGGUUGCUGGCAUUCACUGUGCUGCUCAACAGCCUUCAGCCUGUUUUAUCAGGUGUUGCUAUUGGAGCAGGAUGGCAAUCUCUGGUGGCUUACAUUAAUAUUGGAUGUUACUACAUAGUUGGAUUGCCUGCUGGGAUUCUUCUAGGUUUCACAUUUGGCUUUGGAGUUGAGGGUAUAUGGUCAGGAAUGAUUGCAGGAAUAGUUUUGCAGACCAUAAUUCUGGUGGUAAUAACAGCAAUAACUGAUUGGGAAUCCGAGGCUGCAAAAGCUGAGGGUCGGGUGAAGAGAUGGGGAGGGUCAUCAGCACAACAUUAGCCAUUAGGAGGAGAUAAAUUUGUUGCUCUGUUAUCGGUAAAGCAGCAAGUGUAACGAAAGGAAAGAGGUUGUUAUUAUGGAAGAAACCAAUCAUUAAUGUUGAGAUAAGCUAAUUACAUAAGAAAAUGCUAAAGUGUUUGUAGGAUUCUAUAGUGGUGACUCUAAAUUAUGUCUAUUUUGAUUAUUACCAACAUUUUAGAAAUUAGUGUGCUGUUUUAACAGUAUAAAUGGUUGAAAUAUGAUUGAAAUAC